AUGGCUACUCCCAUUGAGAAGUACUUUUCAGUGCCCCGGUCCACCGGGUGUACUGGGGGUACUGGGACAACCCAGCUGCCCUUAGAACUCAUCCUUGAGACAGCUGAGAAGCUGGGUGAUCCUGAAGACAUCGUCAACUAUGCACUCACGCAAAGAGAAUUCCUCGACUACUGGAUACACCUUAGUGGUCCCCAAGGCGGCGAUCCUAGAUUACCCCCUACCGUGCCUGUGCCAGCCCCCGCCACUCUGGCCAGGUUCCAAGCCUACUCGGAGAACACCAUGCGGAGGCUCUUCUCACCCGGGAUCCAGCGUCUUCUGCUGACGAUUCUCAUGAUGCCCAACCCCUGCAACGCCAUGUGGGACAUUGAGUAUCGCUUGGCAAACCGUACCCAGUUCCUAAGAGCGGACCCGUUCCCGGAGCUGUUCAGUCGAAAGGUCGAAAAGUUCGACAGGUAUUACACGAACGCCGCCACUAACCAAAAUGUCCUCUACAGUUUCCAGAACCUCAAUCGCAUCUCGCCAAUGUGCACCGCUGUUUUGAAUUUUAGUAACGACUUCACGCGGAAAGCCCUGAGCCUGAACCCUUCGCUCGCGCACCAUUCGCCGCCACCGUUCGCUCACGAAAGCGUGUACAUAGAUGAUGUACAGUCUAACAUAGCUGUUCAUGCCCGAAAUAUGUCACCAAUCAGGGGCACCGUGGAUCUCGACCCCGUGGAGCGCGAGAGGCUCCUGAGGGCAUUCUACCGCUUCCAAGCAUUAUGUGAUACCUCUUGCAAGAUCACAGGAUAUUGGGAAAUCAUCCACGCUCUCGAUCUGGACAACAAAACUCGCCAAUUCGCAGAGGAUACCCUCGCCCUCAUGCAAGGCCGUGCGGCAAAUGCAGUUCGCCCAGCCAGAAUUGCGGACUACAAUCGCUGGCGGACGGCACAGUCGCCUCUGGCGGGUCUGAGCUCGUGCGAGAUUGAGGGAGUCUUUACCAUUUAUCAGUAUCUCAGGCUGCAGUGGCUCCUCAUCCUGGCAGCUCUCUUCGAAGAGUACCGACUCGGUCUGGAACAUCACGCCGCUCUGGCUAGCGACCCGUCCCAAACAGCCCGCUAUGCCGGCCGCGAUCACACCGGGUGGAAUUACGGUAAGGUAAUUCCGCCAGAGAUUUUCCAGGACGGCCUAGCGCAACUUGAAUGGGUAGACGUUUUGUUGUCGAAGGGCAUAGUAUUCCUCUCGGAAACCCUCAAGAUGGACGCUGACAGCCGGCGGAGGCUGUUGUGUCAAACAUAUUGUCCUUCCCAGUAUCGUGUAAGGCGGAUAAGGACCAGGGAUUUCUUGUUUAGAGGUGUGUUUAGACAGCUCGCGCAACAGCCUGGCAGACAAGUGUUCAAGGAUCCGGCGCGCUCGUUUGACGACAACGAUGUCGAAGCAGACACCGAGGCAUGGGUCGUGUAUAACAUCGACAACCGCGUGACGCCUCACGUUGUCCGGCCGCUGGACUUCCUAAGGGAGCGAGCCAACCCCAUUCGUCGGCGCGGCUACGUCUUCUUUAAAAUGGACCGUCUCCGCCACUAUUCACUCAGCAACUUCGUGCGGAUGAGCGCGCUGGAAACCAGCCCACAGGAGAACCCCAGGUGGCGAGAUGCCAACGGCUACCCCGACAGCCCCGAGAGCCUCGGUCGGACUCGGACUGAGACGGAAUAUAAUCGACGGCCGGUGGCCUACCCGGAGUAUGUCUGGGAAGCCGUCAACGCGUUUUUCUAUACGCCGGACGAGCCGCCUGCGCUUAUCAACUUUGGGCUCCUGGGCGAGACGUGGAGGAUUUACGAGGCCGUGAACCCUGACGCAACGCCGGCCUACGCGUAUUGGAACUGA